AUGGCCUAUACCAGCGGUGGAACAAAUGGACAAGCGCACGAAAACGAAAAGGUGGACAUCUUCAUCUGUGGCAGUGGGUCAGCUGGUCUCAGCGCCGCAACUUGGCUGGCACGCUAUGGAGUACGCUGCAAGAUCGUGGAUUCCCGCUCUGGACCGCUGGAGUGGGGCGUGGCUGACGGUAUCCAAAGCCGCACUACAGAGAUCUUUGAAAGUUUUGGUAUCGAAGAUCAGCUACUAAGGGAGGGUUUCCACAAUCUUGAAGUGGUUUUUUACAAUCCAGUCGGCAAAGAAGGCGCCAUUGAGAGGACAAGGAGCGUCGAAGCAUCCUACCAAGGCUUGUCGCACCUGCCUCGUCUUAUUUUGAGUCAGGCACGAGUCCAUGAUAUGUUAUUGGGGGCUAUGAAGAGGUUUAAUGAUCAAGAUGUAGACUAUGGGUAUAGGGUCCAAUCAGUGAAGGUCGACGAAGAGAAAGGAAAAGAUCCCCAUGGUUAUCCCGUCACUAUAGUGACAGAAAAGGACGGGAAAGAGGAGACGUUCGAGGCAAAGUUUGCCCUGGGCUGCGAUGGUGCACACAGUACCGUUCGAAAAUCACUUGGCUUCAAGUUGGUUGGGGACGGGUCUGAUUCAGUGUGGGGUGUCAUGGAUUUCAUUCCUCGCACCGACUUCCCGGAUACUAGGAAGCUCACCGUCAUACAAUCUAAAGUGGGCAGUGUGCUUAACAUACCUCGAGAAGGAGGGUCUAUGAAUCGCUUUUACAUGGAACUUCCCGAAGGGACUGUGGCAAAGGAAGUAAAGCUAGAGGAUCUACAAGAAACCACUCGUCGGAUCUUCCACCCAUAUCAGAUUGACUUUGCAGAAACAGUUUGGUGGUCAACCUAUACGGUAGGACAGCGAGUCGCAGACCGGUUUACACACUCGGAUCGUGUCUUUUUGACAGGCGACGCAUGCCACACGCAUUCUCCUAAGGCUGGUCAAGGCAUGAACGUAAGCUUCCAAGAUGGAUAUAAUAUUGGAUGGAAACUCGCAACCUUUCUUAAAGGAGAGGCCAAAAGAGACAUCUUGGAAACCUAUACCACGGAGCGGCAAAAGGUUGCUGAGGAUUUGAUUGAGUGGGAUAAAAACUGGGUGAAAUCCAUUGCCUCGAAGGGUAAAGAUCAGGGUGGCGUCCUUGACGCCAAUAACAAUGUCGACUUUAGCGAGAUCUGGGUUAAAGCGAGACCUUUCACGGCCGGUCUGACCAUCAAGUAUGACGACUCUGUUCUGACUCGGGCGAACGGCAGUCUUCAGUCACGGGCCAAGGGUCUCAAAGUCGGGAUGCGGUUUCCAAGUGCGCAGGUGAUACGAUUCUGCGAUGCUUUCGAAUUGCAAUUCCUCAAAGCUUUCCCUUCAGAUGGACGUUGGAGGAUUGUGAUUUUUGCUGGUGAUGUCCGUCAGAUUGCUGCUUCUAGAAGACUGAUUCAGCUUGGCAAAUACCUUUUUUCGGAACAUGGACCUAUCAAGAAAUACACAGCUCCUGGCUUAGAUGUUGAUAGCUUCAUCGAAGUGCUUGUACUUCUCUCAGGAGAACGUUUGACGACAAAGCAGGAGCAAAUACCGAAGACUUUUUGGCCGGAGACUGGCAAGUGGCGGGUGAGAGACUUACAUAAGAUCUACAUCGAUGACGAAAGCUACCAUAGUGGACAUGGACACGCAUACGAAGUCUACGGAGUAAAUCCCAAACAUGGUGCAACUGCAAUUGUGCGUCCAGAUGGCUACGUCUCGAUGGUUCUGGAUAUCGAGGAUUAUGCAGGUAUCAGUGACUUUUUUGCUGGGUUUGCUGUUGAGAGAAUAUCUGCUGUACAAACGGUAGCUUAA